AUGAGCGCCAACAACGCCACGAGCGGCGCAACUGGCACCGCUGAAGUCCCUGUUCAGGCCACUAACCCAAUCAACUUGGCAGCCGAUGAGAGUGUCGCAUCUUCAACCGCUAGUCUGAGUGACUCAAUCCGCGACUUCCGUGUCGAGAACGGCCGGACGUACCACAAGUACAAAGAUGGACACUUGCAACACCAUCUUUGUCUUCUUACCCUCGACAACCGCCUGGGGCUCGCGCCCGCCAACGAUCCCAACUCAAAGGUCACGCGCGUCCUCGAUGUCGGUACAGGUACCGGUAUUUGGGCGGAGGACUUUGGAGAGGAACACCCGGAUGCCGAGGUAACAAUGCCUAUCUAUCUUGACUAA